UGCAGUUGGGCUUGCGAGCGUAAUAGACCUGUCCAGGCUGCCCUCGAUUCACCAAUCAACUACUAAACGCAAAAUUUAUCUCUGUUAUCGGACAGAGACACUACCUAAGUGUGCAGCAGCCAUGGACGUGCUCUCAAUCUCAUCCCCGAUAUUCCUUCACACCCCUACUUCCAAGCUCUCUCACAGCUCUCGCUCCAAACCCAUCUCCCACUUUCCCUCUUCUUCUUCGAAAUUUCCCACAAUUAAGUCUCUUUCUGUCCAAACCCCAAAACCCACUUUCACCUCCAAGUCACAAGCACUUGACGGCUCGCUCCUGAUUUCCUCAGCUCCUCAGACGCCUGCUACAGCCAUGAGAGGCGCCGAGGGUGACGCCAUGGGGCUUUUGCUCAGGGAAAGGAUUGUCUUUUUGGGCAGUAGCAUUGACGACUUUGUGGCUGACGCUAUUAUUAGCCAGCUGCUUUUGUUGGAUGCCCAGGACUCCAAAAAGGAUAUCAAGCUCUUCAUUAACUCAACUGGCGGCUCUCUCAGUGCUACAAUGGCUAUUUAUGAUGUCGUUCAGCUUGUGAGGGCUGAUGUCUCCACAGUUGCACUUGGCAUUGCAGCAUCAACAGCGUCUAUAAUCCUUGGUGGUGGCACCAAGGGCAAGCGUUUUGCGAUGCCCAAUACACGGAUUAUGAUUCAUCAACCUCUUGGAGGUGCUAGUGGCCAGGCAAUAGAUGUGGAAAUUCAAGCUCGAGAAGUCAUGCAUAAUAAAAACAAUGUCACAAGAAUUCUUUCAAAUUCCACUGGUCGCCCAUUUGAACAAGUCCAAAAGGAUAUUGACAGGGAUCGCUAUAUGUCCCCCAUAGAAGCAGUUGAAUAUGGAAUAAUUGAUGGAGUUAUUGAUGGAGAUAGCAUUAUUCCUCUGGUGCCUGUCCCAGACAAGGUGAAGCCGAGAAUGAAUUAUGAGGAAAUUAGUAAAGAUCCAAUGAAAUUUUUGACACCAGAUGUCCCUGAUGAUGAGAUAUAUUAGUUUUGGCCAUUUGUAUGAGAGGUACAUUAGCUUUCUGAUUACAUGUUAGUUGCAUACAACAUUGUGUUCAAACCAUGAUACUUUAGAACCCAGAUUUCUGUAAUUAAACCAAGUAUGCCCUUUCAUUCCAAAGUUUCAGCAAUUAUUUCAGUUUAUUGUUAUUAAGCAAA